CCGGGAGCCACCCGCAGCCCCGAGCUGUGAACUGACCCCCUGCUCGCCCUGCUGCAGCUGCGCCCGACCGCGGCCGCCUCGCCUCGAAAACACUUCCUAGCAGUUAUGGAAAAAACAUCUGCAUAUGCAUCUGCUUUUACAAUGAAUUCUUCAGAAAAGCAGGAGACUGUAUGUAUUUUUGGAACUGGAGAUUUUGGAAGAUCACUAGCACUUAAAAUGCUCCAGUGUGGUUAUUCUAUUGUUUUUGGAAGCAGAAACCCCCAGAAGUCCAGCCUGCUUCCCAACGGUGCAGAGGUCUUGAGCUAUUCAGAAGCGGCCCGGAAAUCGGACAUCAUCAUCAUAGCAGUCCACAGAGAGCAUUAUGGUUUUCUCACAGAACUAACUGAAGUGCUCAAAGGGAAAAUAUUGAUCGACAUCAGCAAUAACCUCAAAAUCAAUCAGUAUCCAGAAUCUAAUGCAGAGUACCUGGCUCAGCUGGUGCCAAGUGCUCACGUAGUGAAAGCAUUUAACACCAUCUCAGCCUGGGCUCUCCAGUCUGGAACACUGGAUGCAAAUCGGCAGGUGUUCAUCUGUGGGAAUGACAGCAAAGCCAAGCAAAGAGUGAUGGAUAUCGUUCGGACUCUUGGACUUACUCCACUGGAUAAAGGAUCUCUCAUGGCAGCCAACGAAAUUGAAAACUACCCCCUGCAACUAUUUCCAAUGUGGAAGCUCCCCUUCUAUUUGUCUGCUUUUCUGUGUGUCUUCUUCUUUUUCUACUGUGUUAUAAGAGACAUAAUCUACCCCUAUGUAAAUGGCAGGAAAGAUAGCACAUUUCGCCUGGCUAUUUCCAUUCCAAAUCGUAUCUUCCCAAUAGCAGCACUUACACUGCUUGCCUUGGUUUACCUCCCUGGUGUUAUUGCUGCCAUUCUGCAACUGUACCGAGGUACAAAAUACCGCCGAUUCCCGGACUGGCUUGACCAUUGGAUGCUCUGCAGAAAGCAGCUGGGCUUGGCAGCACUGGGCUUUGCCUCCCUUCAUGUCCUCUACACCCUUGUGAUUCCUAUUCGUUAUUAUGUAAGAUGGACAAUGAAAAACAGAACCAUUACACAGGCAACAGCAAAGAGAGAAGAUCCAUUUAGCACUUCUACUGCCUGGCUUAAUGAUUCAUACAUAGCUUUGGGCAUCCUUGGAUUUUUCCUGUUUGUACUCUUGGGAAUCACUUCCUUGCCAUCCGUUAGCAACAUGGUCAACUGGAGAGAGUUUCGAUUUGUCCAGUCCAAACUAGGUUAUUUGACCCUGAUCUUGUGCACAGCCCACACCAUGGUGUAUGGUGGCAGGAGAUUCCUCAGUCCCUCGAGUCUCAUAUGGUACCUUCCUUCAGCGUACAUAAUAGCACUCAUCAUUCCCUGCAUCGUGCUUGUGAUCAAGUUCAUCCUCAUCCUGCCAUGUAUAGACAACACCCUUACACGGAUCCGCCAGGGCUGGGAGAGGAAUGCGAAACCGACAUUGAAUGGAGAAAGAUAUUUAAAGCAAAGCUCAGUCCACAUGGACUCUGAACUGUAGUCGUGUGUAAUGGGCACAGUUAAGAAAGCAUUUUUCUCCCACCAUGACCUGAAGUUUGUUAACAGACAAGGAACUGUUGCUAGACUUUGAGAACUUGACAGAUAGGAAUAAAACACCAUUAAAUGUCAGGUUAGUGAUGAAUCUGUGUUGGUUUCUGCCUAUCUUUUUCCCAGAGGCAGCAGGGCUGAGGUCAUGGUUAGCUUUGCAGUUUCACUCUAAAAAGUGUUUUGUCAUGGGCAACGUGCAUGACCGAAUGUCUUACAAAAUCCAGGGGAAGUGCAGCAACUUCCUUCUCUGGGUCAAGGGCUGAGUGGAAUGAGAAAGAAAACAGUAAGAUGGUGGCCACUGAUAAAGGCUUUCUGAGGUAUGUCUGAAAAGGAGGGCCCAAUGAAGUGAAAGGAAUGAGAAUUUUUCUUAUUGUUCUUUGUCAGUGAAAGUGGUCAUAAAUAUUGCCAUAGUAAAUUCUGUAGUUAAACACGCUCUUUGAUUUUGCUUUGGCCAGCAGGGGUGUGUACUGUGCAGAACGAUUUUACAACACAAAAUAAUAUCACAAUUGAUUGGAAGUAAUCAUGGCUUGGAUAUAUGCAAGUCUAUUAUUAUUGUUGUACAAUCUUUCCUUUGCAAAGAAUAAGUAUGGGGAAGAUUGAGUUACAAUGGAGAGAUACCACUUGGAUUUUCUCGGUGUACAGUAAGAAAGGAAGGGCUGAAAAAAGCCCUUGCACAAAAAGUUCAAAUAAACCAGAAUUUUAGACAGAGAGCUACAUAAAUUUUGUAAAGCACUAUACUAGGAUACCAGGUGUGUAUAAUUUAGAUACGGUGGUAUGCUCUGUGAAUAGUAUAUUCCAAAUAUUGGUCAAUCUAAUCAUCUAUGAAAUUGAUUUCUAGUAUAAAAAGUAUCUUCUCUAAUUCUCAAGGCUUAUUAUAAUUUUAAGCAGUGAAAUUAUAUGAAUAAUGAAAGUAUAAUUUUGACCAAUGCAUAUAAGAGAGAAAAGGUGUGAACAGUUGCUGAAAUAUGAGAUAAUUAUCUAUGAUCCACCCAAGUGAGGUUCCAAAAAUCCUGGAAAACUGUGAGCAGAGCUGAGGUGUGUGGCACUGACCCCAGUGUAUCAGUGAGAAAGACAGGGAAAAUGUCAUUACUCAUCUGUGCCAAACAGCUGAAUAUUCUAGGGUUGGAGCCUGCCCUUUGUCUAGAGAAUGGUUGUUUCAAAAUUAAAUACUGUCCAGGGUGAUGUAAAGAAAGCCUCUGGGGUUAGCCACACUUUCUGGUAAAAGAUGAGUAUGUUUUUACUGGAUCAUAGUUCAUCACUAAAAAUAGAAAAUUAUACAGCUAAGUAAAAAAAAAAAAAAAAAAACAAAACCACCUAGAGUAAAACUCAACUUUUAUAACCUAGUAAAAAUGUUCUACCUACGUAGUUGAUAAAAGCCAUCCAUGAAGCCAGAAGUUAAAGAACACGUCCAGGGGUUUCGGUGUAACAGUGCAUUGCUACGCCCGACCCUCAGCCUCAACCACAGGGCCCCCAGCCCCACCGGUGGACCAGAGAAGCCAAUUUCCUCCCUCUCUACAUCCCUUCUCCCCAGACAAUCAAACCAGCUGGGCCACCGUAACACAACUGACUCCUCCAGUUCACCUAGGGUUGGAAAGAAUGAGUUUGGAACAGACAAAAUAGCAAACUAUAUUCCUUUUAACAGAUCCAGACUGUUCUACAUAAAAAAGUUAGACUAAACUUCACUGUAUUCAAGGACAAUUUUUAUUGAGCUCAUAGACCUUUUAUUUUUGUGUGUCUGCCCCAUGUUAUGGGAUGACUGCUUUUGUAAAUUUGCACUCAUUAAAUGUUAUUUUAAAAAUA